GGGUGGAAGGGGCUGUUACAAACCUCCCCAUUGCCUUCCGAGAAGCCAAGUGAGCGUCCCUCUGCGCGCCUUUCUGCCCGGUGGUUUGGUUUGAACGAGCUUUCCCAAAGAGAAACCCGAACGGGACGACGUUUGUUAGGCAGGCGGCCGCCUCAGCUCUGCCUUGGCUGUUAGAAUUUCAGCCGUGAGUGACUCUCGAGUAUAUAUAGCAACAACUGUUCAUGUAGCUGAUUUUGAAAUUACUAAUAAUGUCUCACGGCUGUACCUGCCAUUAGAUGCUUUCUUCUGAUAGAGCAGACAUGAUAAUCACAAAGUAAAGAUACAACAUUGAUGAAUAAAGGAGUUAUACAGUAUGUUCUGUACUAAACUGAAAGACCUGAAGAUCACUGGCGAGUGUCCUUUCUCCUUACUGAGCCAAAGUGGCAUUUCUGAUGAAAGUGAGGUGGAAUGCACCGAAUUACCAAACAACUCAAAGGCUCCUUUGCCAAUCUGCAAAGAGAAGGAUACUCACGGGAACAACCCACAGAGGAAAACUAGUAGGAGCAGAGUGUCUCUGCAUACUUUGGCUGAGAGUAUCUGCAAACUGAUUUCUCCAGAGUAUGAAAGGCUAUAUCUUGCAUUUCAGAGAACGCUAGCAAAUAAUGAAAUAAAAGAAAUCAGGAAUUCUGGAGAGAGAGAAGACUUUGAGAAGCUAAUCACUGAUCAUGCAAAUGCAGCAGGAGUUCCAGUAAAUGUUAUAAAGGAAUCACUUGGUGAAGAGCUUUUCAAAAUAUGUUAUGAAGAAGAUGAACACAUCCUGGGAGUUGUUGGGGGCACCCUCAAAGAGUUUCUGAACAGUUUUAGUACUCUGCUGAAACAGAGUUCCCACUGCCACGAAGCAGAGAAAAAGGGGAGACUUGAAGAGGUCUCCAUCCUGUGUUUGGAAAAGGAUCCAGAUGUCUUGAAUGUUUACUAUUUCUUUCCUAAGAAAACAACUAGUCUCAUCCUCUCUGGCAUUAUUAAGGCAGCAGCUCACGUUCUGUAUGAAACAGAGGUGGAAGUGACAGUGUUGCCCCCCUGUUUCUGCAAGGACAGCACAGAGUUUAUUAACCAGCCAUAUUUGUUGUAUGCUGUGCAAGUCAAAAGUGCAAAACCGUCUUUAUCUCCAUGUAAACCACAGUCUUCCCUUGUGAUCCCCACUUCUAUGUUCUGCAAGACUUUUCCAUUCCACUGCAUGUUUGACAAGGACAUGGCUAUCCUGCAAGUUGGCAAUGGUAUACGGAGACUGCUAAACAGGAGAGAAUUUCAAGCAAAGCCAAACUUCGACGAGUGGUUUGAAAUCCUGGCUCCUAAAAUAAAGUGCACGUUUAGUGGCAUCAUGACAAUGCUGAACAUGCAGUUCACCAUAAGGGUGAGACGAGGGGACAAUGCUAUUAAAAAAUCAACUGGGGUUAUGGACCUUAAAGGACAGAUGAUCUACAUUUUUGAGUCUAGUGCCAUCUUGUUCUUGGGAUCUCCCUGUGUGGAUAGACUAGAAGACUUUACAGGACGUGGCUUAUAUCUUUCAGACAUUCCAAUUCAUAAUGCACUUAGGGAUGUUGUUUUGAUAGGAGAACAAGCUAGAGCUCAAGAUGGACUGAAGAAGAGGCUGGGGAAGCUUAAAGCCACUCUUGAGCAGGCACAUCAAGCACUUGAAGAAGAGAAAAAGAAGACAGUCGAUCUUUUAUGUUCAAUUUUUCCUGAAGAGGUUGCGCAGCAGCUGUGGCAGGGACAAGUUGUGCAGGCCAAGAAAUUUAAUAAUGUCACAAUGCUUUUUUCUGACAUUGUAGGAUUCACUGCCAUCUGUUCCCAGUGCUCACCUAUGCAGGUUAUCACAAUGCUUAAUGAGCUCUACACUCGCUUUGAUUACCAGUGUGGAGAGCUGGAUGUCUACAAGGUUGAAACCAUUGGAGAUGCAUACUGUGUAGCUGGAGGCUUACAUAAAGAGAGUGAUACCCAUGCUAUGCAGAUAGCAUUGAUGGCAUUGAAGAUGAUGGAACUGUCUGAUGAAGUGAUGUCUCCACAUGGAGAGCCAAUAAAGAUGCGUAUUGGCCUGCAUUCCGGCUCUGUCUUUGCUGGUGUUGUGGGUGUUAAGAUGCCACGAUAUUGCCUCUUUGGAAACAAUGUAACGCUUGCCAACAAGUUUGAGUCCUGCAGUGUCCCCCGGAAAAUAAAUGUCAGCCCAACAACCUACAGGUUGCUAAAGGACUGCCCAGGCUUUGUGUUUACUCCUCGUUCAAGACAGGACCUUCCACCUAACUUUCCAAGUGAUAUUCCUGGGAUCUGUUAUUUUCUGGAUGCUUAUCAUCAAGGACCACAUUCAGAGCCCUGGUUUCAGAAGGAAGAUACUGAAGAUGGAAAUACAAAUUUCUUGGGGACACCGACUGGCGUAGACUAAAUUGUGCUUUCAUGCAUUCUAAAACAUAAUAUAUUGAUAUUCAGAAUUUUGUACGAACUAAAAAUUAAAAUAAAAAGAAAACAUGGCAGCACUUUAGCUUGUUAACACCUGAAAGCCAGUAUUAAAAUUUACAAAACAUGCUAUUUUUAUUGUUAUUUUAUACAAGGAACAUAUUCAGUCAUCAGCAGCUUGGGAAUGGUACAAGCAGGUUCAGGAUAGAUUAUCACAAGUAGAUCCUAGAAAGGCCAUGUGGUUGGAGUAUGACUUCCAGAACCUCCCAAGCAGGCAUUCUGGGAGUUGUAGUCAAAACCUUUCUAAGCUUUGGUCACACAUCAUGUAACAACAGAGGGUUGAGGGAACCCCAUCCAGUUGACAGUCUCUUUCCCAGCAGUGAGUUUUAUUAGGGCCCCUGCUUAUGUUUUCCAUUUCCCGAGCCCUCCCAGCCUCUGGAAACAGGUUCUGGAAGGGACUUUUCUAGAGUAAUCUGGAUACACAGAAGUAAACUUUAGCUCUCCACUUAGCAUUUAUACAAAUAAUACAUUCACACACCGUGAUGGGAGUCAUAAAAUAUCAGUUGCCAUUACAAUGAAGUUUUCUUUGUCACUUUCUGAGGUUUGGAAGAAGCAGUUAAAACUUUUUGGUAGCACAUGUUACCAUUACUUCCUUAUUCAAAAAGAGGAGCUUGAUAACUUAUUACACUCAUCAUGUGAAUGCUUUGCCUGUUAAGAAUUCUGAAGGCUAUCCCCGUCCAUAAGUAGAGAAAGCUAAAAGGGCAGCAGAGGGGAAUAAAUAAUAUUAAUCUCAGAACUGCAGAGCUAGAAAGGAUGCUAUGGAUCAUCAAGUCCAACCCUUGUCAAGAAGGCACAGUGAGGAAUCAAACUCCCAACCAGAGCUAUCCAGCGGUUUAUGAACCUGUUGGCUGCCUUAUCUCAUACACUGUUUAUUACUGUUUAUCUCUGUUGUGACCAGUUUUCCAUAAGAGUUGAGAAGGCGAGAACCAGGCUUUUUCUGUCCCAUCUUCAAGCUAGCAGUGUUGGAUAGAGGAGAAAAUGCAGCAGACUGAAAUAAUGUUUUGAGAAUUCUGUGUCUUGAUCAUUAGUCUGCAAACAUAAGUCCCUAUAGAAUUCCUGAUCAUUGGCCAUACUGGCUAGGGAUUCUUAAAACUGUAGUCCAUUGUCAUCUGGUGAUCAGUAUUUGGGAAUCACAGAUUAAAUGUAAUCUGAUACCCAAGCCCUAAUCAGGCUGGGAUAGUUCCAGAAAUCCUGCACUAGUGGCUUAAGGUGGCCUUGAAUGAAAUGACUAAUAGUCAUUCCAUAGAGAGACCUCCGGCUCUGUUGUGGUCUGUUUGGUUUGCUGGAAACAAAUUCCUGCACCUGAGGAGUCAUGCACUAUUUUUAUGAUUUAUUAUGUGUACUACUUUCCAUUUAUAAUCCAUUAUUACAACUGUUAAAUUUUUAUAACAAAUGUUUAAACAUAAUUCACAGAAAAUUAAUGUAAUCCAUUACAUCAUUUUGCAUUAAUCUGAAGUACAGUUUAUCUUAACUCUGUUCUGUUUAGAAUUGUACUUCUGUGCACUUAUUGUUAUGUGGUCGUUUUUCAUAUAGUAGUGCAUUGUGCUUUCACAGUAAAUGAUACUCACAUGCAUGCGCAAUGCACUGAAGGUCUAGACCCAGCCUUGUCACCUUAGCAUACAUGUGUGACAGCUCAUGCAUCUGCAUGAAACAUGGCUUUGGUUGGUAUUUUUUUCUGUGCUUGUAUCACUCAGUUGUGGAAACUGGUUGAGAGGGUAAAACCCG